GUCAACGUUUGAGUCACUCCAUGCCCGCCAAUUUGUCUACUAAUUUUUUCCUUUUUUGAUCAUCCCGAGUUGAUCCCGAUCAACUAUUUCCAGCCACGAAUCCUUCUCUCACAAUAUGGGGGCUUAUUACGACGAGAUUGAAAUUGAAGAUAUGGUAUGGGAUGAGGUAAAAGGCGUCUACCACUAUCCCUGUCCCUGCGGAGACCGCUUCGAGAUCUCUCGCAAGCAGCUUGCCAACUACGAAGAUAUCGCGACGUGUCCGAGCUGCAGUCUGAUCAUCAGAGUUGUCUACGAUCCGCUUGAUUUUGAAGACGAACCUCCAGAUGACUCCGAGGGGUCUGCGUCGGAGAAAAGUGAAGAGAGUGAGGAGGACGGUGAUGAUAGCGAUGUCGACACGUUCGAGGAUGCUCUUGAGAAGCUUACUCUAUCUGAGCGGUCAGCGGCGACGGUUGCAACAGCAACAUCAGAUAUCAAAUUCCUCGAGUCCGUAUCGAUCAUCACUGCAGACGGUGCUGCUGCAUAACAUUCUAUAGCACAUUAAACUUACAAUAUUUAUGCAUGUGGUUUGUAUCUAUUCGUUCAAUUUAGUGCUCAUCUUCGACGGGCCUAUACUCUGUUGGACAUGGGUCCAGAGAACAGUUUCUGCCUCGUCGAAAGAGCCUCAUCUUUCUCCUCGAGCUGUUCCUGAAAUUCUGUAAGUCUGUAGUAACGUGUUAGGAUCGUUGAGUCUCUGACCUCUCGAUCUUGCCAUGACUAUCAUGCGGAAGAAAGUGAUAAAGGCAAGGGAAAAGAGACAGGACGAGCUGACUUGACUCUGAUUGAUCAUAAUGGUCGUACUUACUAGGUAGCGUCGCUGCGUGGGUCAAGACCUAGCCCUUACGGCAGUUCAAAUUUCUGCCGGAAGGUUCCGACAUGCCCGAAUCGAGUUGAAG